AAACCAUUAUGGCACAGAGUGGAAACGGAGCAGCAUGUGAGUGAUCUUACAUCACUUGGUACCGGACAAGAGCUGAACUUUGAUGAUGACACACUGAAAGGUAAAGAUUCUUACAACUGUUAAUAGUGUUUCACCAAAAGGCCUUUAAUAUAGCAAACUAAGGACAAAUGAAAUAAAAUAUACAGAAAAGACAAAAACCGUCAUUUGAAAACAUUCAACAUACGGAAGUGGUUAAAGAGUCAAAGUCGACAGUAUCUCUACUAAAAGUGGAUUUUCAUUUUCUUUUUUUAUCUAGAUUAGGCUUUUCGCAGAAUUUCUUUUCGAGUUUAUCACUUACGGCAUAAUGAAUGGUUGUUUUGGUACUAGUGCUUUAUAUACAAGUAAAGAUAGUGUCAAUUUACAGCUUUAUACUGAUUUUUUCCAGAUCAAACUAUUAUGGCUCAGAGUGGAAACGGAGCAGCAAGUGAGAGUGAUGUUACAUCACAUGGUACCGGACAAGAGCUGAACUUUGACGAUGACACACUAAACGGUAAAGAUUCUUACUACUGUUAAUACUGUAUCACCAGAAGGCCUUAAAAGAUUACAAACUAAGGACAGAUAAAAUAAAAUAUACAAAAAGACAAAAAAACCGUCAUUUAAAAUUAUUCAACAAACGGAAAUGGUUAAAGAGGCAAAGUAGUUAAAGAGUAUCUCUACUGAAGGUGGUUUUUUCAUUUUUUAUCUAGAUUAGGCUUUUCGUAGAAUUUGUGAUCGACUUUAUCACUUGUGGCAUAAUGAAUGGUGUUAUGUUACUGGUGCUUUAUAUACAAGUAAAGAUAGUGUCAAUUUACAGCGUUAUACUGAUUUUUCCAGAUCAAACCAUAAUGGCACAGAGUGGAAACGGUGCAGCAAGUGAGGGUGAUGUUACAUCACAUGGUACCGGACAAGAGCUGAACUUUGAUGAUGACACACUGAAAGGUAAAGAUUCUUACAACUGUUAAUAAUGUAUCACCAAAAGGCCUUUAACAUGAGAAAUUUAUGGAGAAAUGAAAUAAAAGAUACAGAAAGGAAAAAACCGUCAAUUGAUAACAUUCAACAUUUGAUACAUGAAGACUGAAAGUAGUUAAACAUUAUUUCCACUGAAGGUGAUUUUAUUUUUCAUCUAAUAUUAGUUAAUACUAGUUAAUAGUAGUUAAUAUUAGUUUAAAGCUUUUUGCCGAUUUUUCCAGAUCAAACCAUUAUGGCACAGAGUGGAAACGGAGCAGCAUGUGAGAGUGAUGUUACAUCACUUGGUACCGGCCAAGAACUGAAUUUUGAUGAUGACACACUGAAAGGUAAAGAUUUUUACAACUGUUAAUAGUGUAUCACCAAAAGGCCUCUAAUAUAGCAAACUAAGGACAAAUGAAAUAAAAUUUUAAAAAAGACAAAAAACCGUCAUUUGAAAACAUUGAACAUACGGAAGUGGUUAAAGAGUCAAAGUCGACAGUAUUUCUACUGAAGGUUUUUUUUUUAAAUUUUUUAUCUAGAUUAGGUUUUCGUAUAGAAUUUGUGGUCGAGUUUAUCACUUGUGGCAUAAUGAAUGGUUGUUUUGGUACUAGUGCUUUACAUACAAGUGAACAUAAUGUCAAUUUAUAGCUUUAUACUGAUUUUCCAGAUCAAACCAUUAUGGUACAGAGUGGAAGCGGAGCAGCAAGUGAGAGUGAUGUUACAUCACAU